AUGCAAGACCCGUUCGACCAGAAGAAGGAGUCUAUUCUCCGCGAAAUAGGUGCCACCAAUGAGGUGACGCCGGACGCAUCCCCCAAGGGGACUAUCGACGUGAAAUGCUUGCCAAUCAUCAACACCAUCAACGCCAACCACGACAUGGUGACCACGUCGUCGUGCUCCGGACGUGUGUCUGUAUUCCUCGAGGGGAUCAAGAAACAAGAGGGCCAGAUCGGGGCCAAGGGUCAUGAGGGGAGAUGGUUAUUUGUGACCCAUGACGCUGAAGAACUCCCACAAUGGUGGGAGGCCGUGGACUUUGUGUACGGUGAAGCUGCUGGUUCAACCAGCAGCACCCCUGCCAACACCACGAGAUUCAUUUUGUACAAGUUUGAACCACUCAUCUUGCACGUCAAGUGCCGCACGUUGGAGAUGGCAAACCGGUUGUAUGCCGCGGCCAUGGGGUGUGGGUUCAGAGAGUCUGGGAUCGGUACCAACAACAUUGUGGCCAUCCGGAUCUCGAUCCGGUUGGACGUCCCGAUCGGGUACAUGUCUACCGACGACCAGAUGGUUUCCUUUGUCAACAAGCAAUACCUCGAGAUGGUGACGAAGUUGUCCUUGGACCGGUUUGAGGAGAAUGACAAGAAGUUGGUAGCCUUGGAGCAAUGCAUCCGUGCGUUGGACGUGGCUGUGGCCACACCUGUAGAGGAGACAAAGGAGGAACGUAGAGAACGGAAAAUGAGAGAAGGGAUGGCCAGACGUGAGGGGGUCAGGGCCGAGAAGGAGAAGAAGAAGGCCGAAAAGGCCGCCGAACAGGCCGCGAAGCAGGCUGAAGAGACUCCUGAAAAGCUGUAG